AUGUCGACAGGAGAGUUGCCAUGCUAUACGUUAAUCCAUGUUCCCAGUGAUUUCGAAGUACCCAGUGAAGUGCAGUUGAAAGAUAAGUUCGAAAAAGGUUGUAAUUUAUUAACUUCAGGCGAAUUGUUUUGCAGAAAUAUUGGAGUUGUAGGUGAUGUGGAUACAAAAACAGAUGCGUUAAAAAAACUUAUUCUCAUGAUCAUGAACGGAGAAAAAAUAGGGCAAGGUAUGAUGAUGCAAGUAAUUCGUUUCUGCUUGCCAACAUCAAAUCAUACCAUCAAGAAGCUGCUUCUUUUGUUCUUUGAAAUCGUCCCUAAAACUUCGUCGGAUGGCAAGUUGUUGCAUGAGAUGAUAUUGGUAUGUGAUGCGUAUCGCAAAGAUUUGCAGCAUCCAAAUGAAUUUAUCCGUGGAUCUACUCUGAGAUUUUUGUGUAAACUUCGAGAACCAGAAUUAUUAGAACCUCUCAUGCCUGCGAUUCGUUCGUGUUUGGAGCAUCGACAUGCUUAUGUUCGACGCAAUGCUAUUUUGUUUUUCGGUAAUUUCGAAUUUCUCAUCCCUGACGCGCCGGAAUUGAUUUCAACGGUAUUGAAUAAUGAACAAGAUGCUUCUUGCAAACGAAAUGCCUUUAUGAUGCUUCUUCAUGUUGAUCAGAGCAGAGCAUUAGAUUAUUUGUCAGAAGUUAUCGAUCAGGUCACUACAUUUGGUGAUAUUCUUCAGUUGAUUAUCGUGGAACUUAUUUAUAAGGUGUGUCAUGCAAAUCCAUCUGAGCGGGCGCGUUUCAUCCGUUGUGUUUAUAAUCUUUUGCAGUCUUCAUCUCCUGCUGUAAGAUACGAAGCAGCAGGUACUCUUAUAACUCUGAGUUCUGCACCUACUGCAAUUAAAGCAGCUGCAUCGGCAUAUAUUGACCUUAUUGUCAAAGAAUCCGACAAUAAUGUCAAGUUAAUUGUUCUGGAUCGACUCAUCGAAUUACGUUCUUCUCCGAUAAGUGAAAAGGUUUUGCGUGAACUAGUAAUGGAUAUUUUACGUGUGUUGUCGGCUUCAGACCUUGAAGUACGUAAGAAAACUUUGCAGCUUGCAUUGGACCUUGUUUCUUCUCGUAAUGUCGAGGAAAUGGUGAUGUAUUUGAAAAAGGAAGUUAAUCGGUCUUCGGAUACAAGUGCUGAAGAAGCAGAACGUUAUCGACAGAUGCUUGUACGGACACUGCAUUCGACUACAGUCAAAUUUCCUGAUGUUGCGGCAAAUAUAUUACCUGUCUUGAUGGAUUUUCUUUCUGAAGAUAGCGAAAAUGCUGCUCUAGAUGUCCUCGUAUUCAUUCGGGAAACUGUUCAACAGUUACCACAUUUACGCCCAGUUGUUCUGAGUCAGUUGUUGGAUGUAUUUGGAAAUGUGCGUAGUGCGCAAGUUUUUCGCUCAGGGUUAUGGAUUUUGGGUGAGUACUGUGAAUCAAGUGAGUCUGUGAUGCGAGUGAUGCAGUUUAUUCGGAAAUCUAUUGGUGAAUUGCCAAUCGUGGAAAAAGAAACUCAAGCAAUCAGUGGAGAUAAUGUUGCUGAUAGAAAGGAUGAAAGUACAGAAUCAGAAAUAACGACGAGCCGACAGCUUGUAACUGCUGAUGGUACCUACGCCACUCAAUCAGCAUUGUUAACCGUAAGAACUGAAAUGAUUGAAACGAAAGCGAUUUUACGUCGUUUCCUUCUUGAUGGCAACUUUUUCUUAGCUUCAUCCCUAGCGACAACAUUGGUCAAACUUGUUUUCAGCUAUGAUAAAAUAGAUAAAUUGAAUGCAUUUGCUGGAGAAGCACUAUUCAUCAUGGCAUCAAUUAUCAAUCUUGGUAAAAGUGGCUUGGCGACAGCAAACGCGACAGAAGACGACAUUGAUCAUUUGGGCAUGUCGAUCAAGAUUUUGUGUGAAAAUUGUCCUCAUGCUGAGACUAUUUUUCUGCAAAAGUGUCGUGAUAGCCUGGUGCUGAUGCUUGAAUCCAAAGCAGAAAAUGAACGCUUCGAGACUGAAUCAUUAAAUAGAACUGUUCAAGUGGAAGUUGAUCAUACUAUUGCAUUUACUCAGCUUGCUCCUCGUAUUGGAGAUGGAGUGACUGGAACUGAAAACUUAUUCGAUCUUUCAUUAUCACAAGCAUUGGGAACUGUUGCAAAGACCCCCAAAUUUGACUUUGCUUCUUCUAAAUUGGGUAAGGUGAAACAACUAGCUGGUUUUUCCGAUCCUGUUUAUGCUGAAGCUUACGUUAACGUGAAUCAGUAUGAUAUCGUUCUUGAUGUACUUAUCGUCAAUCAAACAGAUGAUACCCUCCAGAACGUUUGCCUUGAGCUUUCAACUGUAGGUGAUAUCAAAUUAGUUGACAAACCAUCUCCUCUUACGCUUGCACCUCGUGAUUUUUCAAACAUCAAGGCUACUGUAAAGGUUGCUUCUACAGAAAAUGGUGUGAUUUUUUCAACCGUAGCUUAUGACAUUCGUGGAUCAACAUCAGAUCGGAACUGUGUUUAUCUAGAAGAUAUACACAUUGAUAUCAUGGAUUAUAUCGUGCCAGGAAACUGUACAGACACUGAAUUCCGACAUAUGUGGGCUGAAUUUGAAUGGGAGAAUAAAUAUUUAACACAUCUGUCUGCGGUGACGAAUAUGAAAUUGUUAACAACGGAUGCAGCGCUAGAAGGUGACUGUGGUUUUCUGGCUGCAAAUUUCUGUGCGCACAGCAUUUUCGGUGAAGAUGCACUGGCUAAUGUAUCAAUCGAGAAAACUAGUUCACUUGAUGUAAACAGUCCAAUAAUAGGACACAUUAGAAUUCGUGCCAAAAGCCAGGGAAUGGCGCUGUCACUUGGUGACAAGAUAAACUUUGCGCAGAAAGAAGGAAGUAUAGUGCUAUCUAAAGGGUGA